ACAGGGGCAGUUGUCAUGGAGACAGUUUCUGGCCCUGCUGCCAUUAAGUCCACCAGCCUCACUGGGUCUACUGCUACCGGCAGCCCAAGGAGCAAGCCACCGACAGGAACCAUCUCCCCUCCACCUGAGACGUCACCAGAAGGAGUGACCCAGAGCGCCAGAACCACCUCCGUCUCUCCCAUCCCAGCUGUGCCUCCCAACAGCCCAGGCUCUAGCGUUCCUUCCAAGACUGGCCUGCUGGGGACAGUUUCCUCUCCCACACCUCGAGCAGGCACAACUACUGGUGAGGGUCCCGGCCUACCACAAACUCCUCAGCCCCCUGUUGAUUCUGCCCCCUUAGAGACAGGCUUCAGUCACCUUGUCCCUCUGUCCUCCUCUCCUGCAGCUUUCGGUGCCAAAGUCACACGGGGGAGUCCUGCUUUGGACCCCCGGUUUACCAUGUCCACCUCCAAAGAGAGGACAGACACCCAGGGAGGGACAGAACCCGGAUCAGACCUCCUCUCUGCUACUCUACCGGGCAAUAUCCCUAAGACUGCCGGAGGGGACACGAGUGUAGCCACCUCAUCCACUGAAGGGACAAGAGAGAACGUGGCAGGGUCGAGCGCUUCCCCUGAGCCCACAGACACCCCCAUCAUCACCCAGACAUGGCAGCCCAGCUACCUGGGUGCCCCAGCUCCUCCCUCGGCAAAGGACCCACUUCCCUUUCUCUCCACUAUGGCCCCCUCACCCUCUGGCUCAGGGAGCAGCCUUUCUGGUGCUGACACGAGUGAAGAGACCACUCCACCCACUGUUCCCAUCACCCCCAACGGAAGGUCUAGGUCAGCGGGAUCCAUUGACACCAGCUCGACUUUUAUCAACACCGAGAUCCCGUGGAUGAGCCCUAGCUGGUUCUCCACCACCGUCCUGGCUGAUAGGUCCAGCACAGUGGACAGUACUCCGGACAUAGAGGCCAGCACCAUUUCCUCAGGGACUUCCAACUCUACUGACUACAGCCUUAGCUUCAAGACAAGUCCUCCUAAAGGCUUCAGCACAGACUCGAUUCUCGACUCAACUCUCUCCCAUACCUCCAGUAACGCAUCCGAGGCCAGGCUGGGAUCAGAGACAGAUUUUUUCUCAGUACCGACCCGAAUAGCCGUUUCCACCAUCAGUGGCUCCAUGCCCACAGCCAGAGAAAGCGCAGUCAUCCCAGGGGGCCCCGACACAGACAAAGACGUGGUUCUCACCAUGUCUAAGUUAGAAGGCAUAAUCCCCGAUUGGCAACAGGCACCAAGGGCCCCUCCCGUGGCAGAGGAGAUGACUUCGACUGCUCCCGGGACUGAAAGGACAAGCCUGACCCCAGCAGCCAAGGUCGCUGACAACAGUCCCAUUUUUCUGUCCGAAUCCUAUCCUGAACUCCCAAGUAAAGAAGCAGAGGCUAAUAGAGCCGUCCCCUUGUCUACUCCCCGUCCUCAAGGUCCACUGUCCCCGGGCGUUUCAGAGAAAUUAGUUCUGUCUCCCGAGUCAGCUUCAGGAGAGACCUCUCCCGAUGACAUUUCCCCUACAGCAGCCCCAGAGAGCAGCACUGUCAGGGUUACAGAGGCGAGCCCUGAGUCGGGGCUGACAAACGUGCCAUCUCCCGUCAGAGAGAAGCCGGGCGGGCAGAUCGCAACGGCUCCCAAGGAGGUGCAGACGGCAGCAGCGCCGGGGGGCUCCCCUGCGUCCGCGGCCGCACCCGCGCCCGGCAGCAUGCCCCAAGAGUCCCCGCAGGCCCACUGGUUUGACGUAGCUCCUUUUGAAAAGUUUAUCAGUGAAACCGAGGAGAGCUCCUGCGGGCUUCCGUCCUCCAUGAGUGUGAACAAUUGGAUAUCCUUUGUCAUAACGAAAUCACGGAUAAUGGAAGCUUCUUCUCAAAUCAUGGCUCUCAGAAAGCUCCUGGGUCCUGAACAAACGGCGGACUCUGAGGAGUCUGGGACCUCGGACGUCGCUACUAUCGGCAGCGAGUGGUUGAGCUCGGGGAUGGCUGCCGUGACCACGUUGGUGGAUGAAGAAAAUGCUCCAGGUGCUCCAGAUGUGGAGAGCAGCGAGGAUGUGCCUGGGACAUCGGGCUGUCUAGAGAGCGGCGCUGGCCCCGUGAUACAUCCUCCUGCACUGCCCCGGACACAGUCCUCUGCCUAUGUGACCAAAGCUCAAGCCCUAGGUGCUACAACGGGAGCCGACCUUGAAGCAGAGACAGGCUCUUUUCUGGCGCCGACCACAGCAGCAGCUUCUCCUACCCGCAGCUUUGUGCCCACAAUGGGAGGAAGUAAGGCCCUCCCAGAGCUCUCUCCCGCAGCCCGAGCCCCCGGUUUUGCGACACGUGGGGCAGGCAGUGGUCUUUCUUCGCAGCAGCCUCUCACAGCGGCUGCCCCUCUAUCUUCAUCGGGGGUCACUUGCGCAGAAGAGGAGGUGACCGUGGCUAUCCCUAAGACUGAGAGUGUAAGUCUGAGCCCCAACACCAAUGUCACAGGCAGUCAUGUGUCUCUGCUGUCCCUGUAUUGCUCUAAACUCCCAAGCACAAGUUCAGAGACUAAUCUGGCCACCCCCAGGACCACUUCCUCAGCUGAUAGUUCAACAUCUUCUAUUCAGUGGGAUAUUUCAGUGCCUGAGCAAGAACAGAAAGAGGUUACCCUCCCUGAGCUCCCAGAAACAACCCACACUGCACGCCUGCAUCCCGGCUCCGUGGUGUACCAGACUACUUCUUGGUCGGAGAGGAUGGCCUCUUUUAACCUCCCCACUAUAAGAGAGGAGGGGAACUUCUCUCCAUCUGUCUCCUCGUCCUCCAAGUCCUCAGAUAGUUCAGUGACCAAUAUUACAACCGGGGAAGAGAUGGAGGAAGCCGUCUGUUCGUCUUUUGACCAUAGAGAUACCAAAAGUCAAGAGCAGACAACCAGCUCUAGGGGAUCCAUGGCCACCACGAUGGGCCACAGAUGGUCAAAUUAUAGUUUGGCCUCUACAAGUGCUCUGGUGCGCCAGGGAAGGGGCAUGGGAAGUGUUCCGGCCCCACAGAAUGGCAAAGUUUUUCCUGGUACCUCUGAGGCUAUGGAAAGCAGCCUUGGCCUCAAGUCAAGUCGAUCCACUUGGUUCAGAACAGACUCAAUUGUCUACAUGACUCAAGAUCAAACUCCAAGUUGUAUAUCAGAGAUUGACCUCGGAGCAGACACGGAGCCUCUGCCAGCACCAAGCACAGAAGCAUCCUCUGGUGCCAAGGAUUCUAUGCCCAUCCCUGGAGAAAGCACAGACACUCCAAGGUCCAUUAGUCCCAUCGAAGCGGUGACUCUCACCAUGUCUGGGACAAGACCCAGUCCUUCUUUGAAACAUCCCCUCUCUUCAUCAGUCUCAAUGGCCCUUUUGGGCGCCAUGAAGACAGAGAAGAUGGCUUCAGCUUUCCCCGGUUCAGGUCCGAUCCACGGCAUUAAGGCAGCAGGCAUCAGCCCCAGUUCCAUAUCUGUCUGCCAUCUAGACCUCCAAAAUGUAGAUGCUGAAGCUAGUAUGGCCACUCUCUUGACCACUUCCUCUUCCGAUAUUUUAGCAUUUUCAGACUAUGAAACUGAGGGACAACGCCCAUUGGCAGUGCCUUCUGACUCGACUCUGAGGGAGACUUUCCCUGAGGAAAUUUCCUACCCAGCUCCCGAGACCCACUCUGCCAAAGCCACGGGAACAAAUUCUCCUCUGUCACCGGCUAAGGCACAUGCCAUUUCUAUCGCCGUCCCAGAGACGCCAUCUGCCCAAGCAGAGACAGAGCCCAUCCCAGCUGCCUUUCCUCUCACUAUCCUGAGGGAUACCUCAGUGCCCUGCACAGAAACCACGCCCAAUAGUGAGAUGCCGCGUGCAGUGCCCAGGAUGACCUGCCGACACACCAGCCUGCCCAUAGCACAUCCGGCCACUUCUUGGUCCAAAAUCCCAAUCUCUCUUGGCGAUCUUGAGGAGAUGAACCGCUCUAUCUCUACAGACAUCACAAUAUCCACUUCCAUGGCUGGAGGAAAAGCGAUAGAAGUUGCUCCUCUUGCCACUGCUGACUUCCUAGAGACUACCGUUCCUGAGCAGGCAACUAUCUCUGAGAAAUCAGCCAAGGAAGCCUUCGCCACUGGCGUCACAGAGUCAAGUUCAAAUUUGGCCUCCCUGACCGACGUAGAGGCUCAAGAAGGUGAAGGAGGCCAUGGUCCAUUUUUAGAAGCUAGUACUAUUUUCCCUGAGACAGCUGACCCUUUCGGUCCAGACACUGACCUGAAGACAAAUCCAGAUAGAGGGGCCAUCCCAGAAUCAGCCGUGUAUAGGACACUCAUGUAUUCCACCUCAAGGACCAGCCUUGGAGCAGAGUGUAAGACUCUAAGCCGUACCGUGUCAAGGGCAAGCAUCGGAGCAAAGACAUAUCUGCCCCAGGAACCAAGCAGAGAAGCAGCUGAGGAGCCUGAGCUUGUUCCUGGAGAUGAUUCUUGGUCUUCUAGAUCGUCAGAAGCCACAAUUGUCACCAUGACUGCCUCUGCCACCAGCCCUCCUUGUCCAGAGCCCCUUACUCCAUCACCCUCACCGGAGCUCAUUCCUGUGGCCAAGGAGAUGGAGUCUGACGUCCUUGGAGCUGAAAGUUCCUCUCCGACCCCUACCAGCGAGAUGGCAGAUGUUGUGUAUCGUCCUGACCUUCCAAAUACGGGGGCAGAGACUGGCCUCGUUGACCUCCCAACUGCAUCCUCUUCAGAAGCCUCAACAGGCUCAGACCUUGAGGAUGGAGGCCCCAGUCCAUUAGUUACACCUCUUGAGUCAGCACCUGAAGGGAUGCUGUCUGGUUGGAGGACACAAGCCAGCACGCAGCUCCAUUCCACAAAAGUUUUAGGCAGGCCCUCAGCUUCCACCCUGACUCUGGUCUCGCCCACUGUGGCAGAGAGGCUGGAUACCUGCCCGGCUCUGCAGAGGGCUGGCCCAUCUGCAGACCCCUUGGGGAGGAGCACGCCAUGGUUUAGUUCUUACUUUGAGUUCCCAGAACUCCCUCAGCUAUUGCACCCCAGCUCUGAAGUGCAUCUGGCUACUCCUUGGUUUGAAAGAACCAACUUCACAGAGACCCAGCGAUACUCCGUAUCUGCCCCGCCAUCCUCCACCGUUGUGUGUGCCAUGGAUCUCUCUGAAGUACAGGGGGAGGAAGCUCCCUCCCCAUCCCCUCGUUCCACAGAGACCACAGCUUCUGAGCAGGCUACUAGCUCUACGGGAGUUUUGGCCACUACUGGAGGGUUGACCAUGGUGAGAACCAGAUGGUCAAAUCCCAAUUUGCCAUCAAUGAACCCUCGAGUGGGCAGUACAACGGGCAGCACCCUGGACUUAAGGAACAGUGGCUCCCCCGGGACUUCCCUCUCAACUCAGAGUGGAGCUGGCUUCUGGAUUAGCCCUCCUGAAAGGCAUAAGGGAGGCUCAGUCAGCAACACCAACCUAAAGUACACUGUAGCUGCUCAGGAGGCCAACCUGGCAACAAGAACCCACUCAUCUUUGGCACUAACUACUGCACUCGAUGUCUCCAGUACCAGCAGCCCCGUGGUUAACCCUGGAGAGAGCCCUGCAUUCCCAAGGUCCCCAACUACAGCUCAAGUCACCAUGAGUACUGCAGGUGCUGCCCUCCCUGCGGCAGAGAGCCUCAUUGUACCAACCCCUGCAAUCUCAUCAGGAGCUCCUCCCAGGGAUGGGGAGCUGGGUUUACCUGGCUCCGGGAUGGAGAGCUCACACCUGAGAUCUGGGAGCCAACUCAGAGAAUUUAUUCCGCCUGCUCACCAUCCUGACCUCCCACAUGCAGGAGCCCCACACCUGACCACCUCCUUCCUGGAAAUUCUGUCCUCCUUAGACAAUGUGACCCCCCAGCCAGGUUCAGCUGCCACAUCUCUUAACUCUACGGCUCCUGAGAGCCCAGAGGUCAGCUCAGCUUUCCCUCUGACCACCUCAUCUGCUCUAGCUACGGCCAGAGGCGCCUUGGCCAAUGCUGUCGGAGAGAGCCCUCCGGUGGCUUUCUCUGCAGAUCCCAUCCCUGCCACCACCCGUGGCUCAGCAGUGACCACUCUAAGCCUGACCUCUUUAGUCCUUAUAGGACGUGACCCUACUGGUAGUGAGGCGGCCAGCGGGGCAUCUAGCUCCCCAGAGCAGAUACUGACAACUAGCUUGACACCUGCAGCUGCCUCUGGCUCAGUAGCCUCUCCUCCCACAAUGCUGUCUGGUCUUACAACACUGGCAACAGGAGCAGGUGCCCAAAGGUCUCUAGGGGAGAACACGCCCUCCCUGGAGCCAGGCUUAGGGACCAGCCUUUCUGUAACUUGGACCUCACCCCUGUGGAAGACCCCAUCUUCCAUCAACCUAGAUACAAAGUCAGGGACAGGAACCCCCAGGAGCUCCCCUGUCCUGGUUGUCACCACUUUUGGUUCAGAAAAGGGUUCAUUGGAAACAUCCAAACUAGUGACACCUCCUCCGAUGGACAAGACACGUGCAAUAGAGACAACAGCCUCAUCCUCCCUCGAGACCCCAGCCACAGAGAACAGUGUUUCUGAAGCAGGAACAGACUCUACUGUUCCAGCCAACCCCACCCUCCUUAUAAGCACAGUACCCUCCUCAGAUACCCCGGGUCAUUUGGGUACAGAUGAACCAACAAGUGACCCUUUAGAACCUGUGAACACCUCCAAUCCUCUGGAGACCUCAGUGGAGACAGUGAGUGGGGAGACAGAUCCUGACUCAGCCACUCUUCAGCCAACCAACGUCCCUGAGUCCAUCUCUACGAGCAGCCAUGGGUCUGGGGCACCCACAGAAGCCCCUCUGCCAACUGAGACAUCUACCCAAGUGACCACAAGACAUGAAGACCUUUCUCAUACCCCACUAAAGUCGACUGUUGCUCCAGGUUCCAGUCUCCCCUUAGAGACUAGCACACUUGGGACAGUUUCCUCUAUUCUCCCUGAGACAGUUUCCUCUAUCCUCCCUGCAGUCAACCCAACUGCAGGUAUGGUCACUGGAGAGAUCAGUCCACCAGUUCCCACAUCAUUGUCUACUCCAGCUGAUUCCUUGUACAGUAAAGUUUUUGGUGGAGGAGUGGGAACAAGUCCCAAAGUCACAUGGAUACAACCGACUUCAACCGUGAUGAAAACUACGUCUCCAGCCCCAGAGAGGUCAAAGUCCCAGGCAAGAAGAGAGCUGAGCUCCUCUACCCUGUCUCCCAUUACCCUGAGUGAUGUCCCAAUAGCUGUUGGAGGAGACACAGGCAUAACUGUGCCAUUUACAAAAACAGCUACCGAGGGUAUGGUAGUGAUGACAUCCAGCACCUUCUCUAAGCCUGAAGAAACAUCUCAUACCAUUCAAAGUCCACACCCGAGCUCCUUGGACUCUCCAUCCAUUCCCUGGACUGAGAGAGCGACCUCUUUGAGUAUAGAAAAGACUCUCUAUUCCAGGGCUGUUCACAGGCCCUCGAGCUCAUCUGACACCACAACCAAGACACAGACAAGUAAAGAUGCUGCUCCAUCUACUGAACCCACUGAGGUCUUGGCUGAUCAGGAAUCAACUAGCCCAAUUCUUAUCACCAGCGAAAAAACACUGAAAAGUAUAAAUGUGACCUCCGGAGCCACUAGAGUGACUGAAGCCGGCACAGCAGGGAGAACUUCAUUCUCAGAGACCAGCUUACUCUCAUUCCCAGAGUCCUCUGAUUCUACUGAGGUCAGAACCAGUCUCAUGACAAGUUCUACCAGAAGACCCAGCUCUGAGACAGACCUGUCUUUUGGCGUCUCCAAGUCAGAGGAGUGGGGCUACUUGACAUCUCCCCCCACAUCCUUUAUAUCUGUGGACACAUUGACAUCUGUUGUCAGUAAUGGAGCAGAAGUGACAGAAGCUCUUUCUCUAACUGCUGUCCCCACGGGGAUCACCACUUCUGAAAAAGUCAUCAGCUACCUGGGCCCUGGAGCCACUACUGUAGGGAGCCGUGGGUCUGGGGCGCCUACAGGGACCAUCUCACCUUUGGGAGGAACCACCACACCAGCUGAGACAUCUAUCCAAGUGACCACAAGAUAUGGAGACCUUUUUUAUUCCCCACUUAAAACCACUGUUGCUCCAAGUUCCAGCCCUCUGCUGGAGAUUAGUACACUUGGGACAGUUUCCUCUACUUCCCCUUCAGCCACCCCAGCAGAAGAUAUGAUGACUGGGGAAUUUCUCCACUCAGUUUCCACGCCAUUGUCUACUCCAGCUGAUUCCUUGUACACCAAAAUUUUUGGUGGAGGAGCGGGAACAAGCCCCAAGGUCACAUGGAUACAACCUACUUCAACCCUGUUGAAAACCACAUCUCCAACUCCAGAGAGGUCAAAGUCUUUUGAAAGACCUGAAUUGGGCUCCUCUCCUCUGCCUCCUAUUGCCCUGAGUGAUGCCCCAAUGGCUAUUGGAGGAGACACAGGCUCGACUGUGGCAGUCACAGAACAGAUAGCUGAAGAUAGGACAGCAAAGAUAGCUAUCACCUUCUCUGAGCUGCCAGAAACAUCUCCGACCAUUCAGAGUCCACGCUCCAGCCCCUUGGACCCUCCAUCCAUUUCCUGGACUGAGGGGAAUGCAGAAAAGACUAUCUAUUCCAGGGCUGUCCACGGGCCCUCCAGCUCAUCUGACCCCACACCCAAGGCCCAGACCAGCAAAGAUGCUGCUCCAUCUACAACAAACCCAGAUGAACAGGCGUCAACAAGCUCAAUUUUUGCCAGUCGAGGAAAAACACAGAAAAGUGCAAGUGAGUCCUCAAUAAGCCCCCUGGUGGCCAAGGGAGGAACAUCAGACACGGAGACGAGCUCAGAAUUCACCGAUUCCUUCUACACAAGAGUUUUUGAAGGAGGGGUGAGCACCAUCCCCCGCAGAACCUGGUCCUACCAAAGUCUGAUCUCCACCAGCUCUUCGGUGAUAGAAUUCCACAAAUCCCUCAGUGCUCCAGAUACAAGCGUGAGCCCAUUUUCCUCUGAGACCUCUCUCUUUACUGACGCCAGUACCAGCUUCAGGAUAAGUCCUCCUGGACCGUCCAGCACAAACUCAUACACCGCACUCACCCACACCCUGCUCCCAAGCAUAGCUGCAGUCAAAGCUUUUGUGACUUUGGAGUCAAAGCCUGGGACCCGAGAGACAUCGGCUCCGGCGGAGACGCAAGACUUCCUUUUAGAGAUUACAUCGAAUGGGAGCAGCCCUCCAAGGGUUCCCUCUCCUACUCCCGCCACCCUGCUUACAACAAUUGGUGACAAGCAAGGUCCCAGUACUCACAGUGCAGAGCUGUCCUCAACAGAAGGUCCCAGAUCUCCAGUCAGUGAGCCCCUGCUGCCCACCACGCCAGAAAUCGGCGAGACCCUAAGUCCCAGCACCCAGAGUGCCGAUCUACCCUCACCUGCAAGUCCCAGAUCUCCUGCUAGCCAGCCCAUGUUGCCGACCACACCAGCUACUGUUGCAGGAAUCGGCAAGAGCCUAAGUCCCAGCACCCAGAGUGCAGAUCUACCCUCACCUGCAGGUCCCAGAUCUCCUGCUAGCGAGCCCAUGUUGCCGACCACGCCAGCCACUGUUGCAGAUACCGAUGCUAGUGUGGCACCUGUCAGCCAUAUCCCAGACCAGAAAGCAUCUGAAAGCCCAUGGACAUCAACACGUGAUUCUCAGGCUCCCACAUCUACUGUCAAUCCCACGGGCAAAGAGCCCGAUGUGAUGCCCAUCACACAAAUCCCAGACCAAGGAGAGACAGAAGGCCUUGCAGCACUGACAAGUAGUCCUCCAGCACUCAUAGACACCCUCAGUACUACAGGAACCACUGCUUCAAUAGGAACCACUGUGCCCAAGACGUCCGAAGGAGUGAACAUGGGUACCAGCAGCCUCUUGCUCCCUUUGACUUCAAUUGAUCCCACAGCUACCUCUGACUCAAGUAUUGUAUUAAAAACCAACCUGCCUGGGACACUUUCCUCUCCUCUCCCAGUGAUCACAUCUAGAACUACCAUGGCUACCAUGGAGAGCACGAGUACGGAACCAAUAUCAAGGUCAAUUCCACCAGAUGUUCUCCAGACAACUCUCUCAGUUUCAGGAAUGGGCAUCAUCCCCCCUGCUUCCCUGUCCUCCUCUCCUUCACCAACACCUGCGAAAGAAACAGGGGAAAGUCUUGCACCAACUCCAAUGCAAGCUGAGACCACAACCCCAGAGAAGUCAGACACCCAGACACGAACAGAAUCUGGUUCAGCUGCUUGGCCAACUCCUGCCAUAAACACCAUCCCAAGUGCUGAUGCAGGAGGCACAAGUGCCUCCUUGGCAUCCACAGAAGGGAAAAGUGGGCUCAUAACAUUAUCUGUUUCCUCUGUGGAGAGUACAUAUAAACCCCAGGCAACACCCAAAGAGCAAACACAUUCCAUGGAACCCUCAACUCUUCCAUGGCCAGAGAUAACAUCUACUGUUGCCUUCCAUGAUGUAAGACAGGAAGACAACCACUCCACAACUAACUCAUCUCUUGGGACAGGAGCCCCAACAAGCCAAACUGCACCUCCUGCUACUGAACCCACUAAAACCUCACAUCCUGAGGGAGUGACCAGUUCAAAUGAACCAGUGAUUACAGACACAGCUUUUCCUCCUAGUGCCAGUCCAGAAGAGAUCCGAAAUUUGACCACUCAUGAUAACAGGCAUCUGGGUAGUAGUUUGGUCUCCACAAUCACCCCUGUGCUUGAGAUGAGUAUGGCAGGUAGUUCUAUAGGAUCAGCUGCCAGCACAAUUUUUUCUGCUGAAACCUCAGCUGACCUCCAGGCAAGUCCUACUAGAGAAUCUAGCACAGGACCAGAAAGCUUUGCCACUCUCCUUCCCACAGGGCCCAGACUUGGAACUGAAACAGCUUUGACCCCUGUAUCAACAAUGGCAGCUGAAGAUACUUUUACCAGUAGUAGCUCUGUGACUCCUACAGAAGAAAGAACAAUUAGCACCUCAUCUUCUACCACAUCUGAAAGCACAUCUCUUACCAUGACUGGGCUGAGCAGCACCUCUACUUGGCCAAAAAUCCUCAGUUCAUUAUCCACCACAGCUUCAUCUGGGAUUAUCCACAUACCUGAGGACAUCAGCUCAGCUUCUCCUCGUGCAGACAGUACAAGUCUCAUACAAAGCAACAAGGUCAUAGACAUUGUUCCUCCUUUUAUUGGGACCACUCAUAGCCCUGAGCACCCAAAGACAUUGGCAGAGAGCAGCACUGGUGUCCUAUCAACAACUUUAUCACUUAAAUCACCCAGAUCCUCAGCCACCACUACUGGAGGACCAGAACUAUUGAGCAUUUCUACUGGCUCAACUACAAGGGAAAUGACGACUCAGGGUAUCCCGCCUGAAGACUUAGAGAGGACCUCAGAUUCUCCCUUAACCACUUUGAACAUGGUGGCCAUAGCUAGCACUGUCACAGCCAUGGAGAUGGAAGGGAUGUCUUCAGUUCCUCUAUGGCCCGCCAUAGAUAUUCAAGUCAGCUCAGUCCAACCUCCUAGUAGCAGCACUAAAGAUCUCCCUCAACAAAGCACACUCAUUUUCCAGUCCCCCACCACAGCUAAAUCCAUGGAUCUCAUCCCCACUGGAGCAGAUAUUACCACAUCAUCACCACAGACGGACUCUUCUUCAGCUUCUGUGGCCUUAUCUGGGAUUACUUCCAAGAUUACUACUGACGACAUGAGUUUAGCUGCUCCUGGGACAGAAAGUCUCAUCAAAAGCAGUGAGGUUACAAAUAGAGCUCCUGUUUCUAUGAUCACUGACAGUCCUGAGCUUCUAAGUACAGAGGCAGAGAACAGUACAGGAGCCCCACUGACCACUGUGUCACUUCAACGUCCCAUGUCCUCACUAGCUGUUACAGGUCCUCUGAGCAUCUCUGCUGAUAGAACUUCCCCAGAGACUAUGGCUUAUAGUGUCCCACAGACAGACACAGAGAUGAGCUCUGAUCUUCCCUUGACCACCUUGGCUAUGGUGACAACAGCCAACACUUUCACAACUGUAGUUAUGGGAGAGAUGUUUUCUCCAGGAAAUAAGAUUCACUCAACCCUAUCUCCCGGUGUCAGCAGCUCCAUGGCUGUCCCUGAACAAAGCACAGCCAUUCCACAGCACUCUGCUACAACUGAAGCUGUAAUGCUCACCUCCACUAGAUCAGAUACCACUAUUAUUUGGCCACAGACUCUCCCUCCUUCAACUCCAGUAGGCUUAUCUAUGGUUACCCAGAUGGCUGAGGACAUGAGUUCAUCUACCCUUAUCACUGAAAAAACAAAUCUCGCCUUCAGCAGCAAGGUCACAGACAUGAUCCCUCUCUCUCCUGUAACUACACUCAGUCCUGAACUCCCAAGUAUAGUGACAGAGAACAGCACAGAUGUCCCACUGACCACCACUUCUUCUAAAACUCCUGUUUUAGCAGAUAUUACCUCUGAAAGAACAAGCCAAUUGAGCACCCUUGCUGAUUCAGCUUCCUGGGGGCUUACAACUCAUUCAGAAAUGAGCUCAAAUCUCCCUCUGGCCACAGCCAGCACUGACACAGACAUGGUGAUGAGAGAAAUAUCAGAUGCUCCAGGGCCUAACCCAGAAACUGAAGUGCACAUCACCCUUUCUCCUGGCACCAUUUCAGAAGAGAUCUCAAGUUCUGAGCCCAUGUUUCCCAGGGAGAUAAGUCCUGCCACCCAGCAGGCUGUUGUGACCACAAUGAUCCCUUCUUAUUUUGGACAAGGAUCAAGUCUGACUUCUGUGACUCGGGCUGAGCCAUCUGAAACUCAAAGAGCAAUAGUCACCCAAGUUCCACUGGAAAGUUACACAAAAUCUCCCUUGUCUCCUACUGAAGCUGAGACCACUGGAACAGGGACCAUAACAACUCCUACUCUGGCCUCUGAACUGGAGAACAUCCAGGCUUCCACAGGUACCAUCUCAGGCUCAGAGGUCAACAUGACCUAUUCCACUUUGUCAUCUUCCUUAGAAAGUCCUAGAACACAAACUACUAGUCCUGAGAGAGUAGCAAGUUCUUCUCUGGCACUAUCCACUUUACCAACUGAGAAAUCAUUGGCAGCAGGCACUUCUUCACCAAUCUCUAUUUCCACAAUGCUUUCUGAAAUCACUGCACCAAAGACAAGUGCUCAAAGAUCUGAAAAUCAGAGCACAGCUACCCUGGAAGCCGGCACAGCUCCAGCAGUGGGGACCAGUCCUGCUGUGACCUUGAUCCCUUCACAGUCAAAGGCCACAACUUCUAUCAGCAUGUCAAGUUCCGCUGCCUCAUCACCAAUAAAAACAAGUUCUCCAAGUCUAAAUGACAUUAUGUUAGGUGAUAUUUCCCUGGAGCCCUCUGCAAAAACAGUGACUGCCAGCCCUGUCCAUGAUUCUCCAAGUCAAAGCCUAAAUGUCUCUCCUACUGUUACCACUUCUGCAGCCUUGAUAAGCUCCAGUCCCCCUGGGACUGCUCCCUCUAGGGAAGGAUCAGGGACAGCCACCUUUAUUGCAGGGUCAGUGGAAACAACUCUAGCUGUCACUCUGUCUCCAGCAAGAAUACAGGAAGCCUGGACAUCAUCACCUCCUUCCCCAGCAUCAACAGCCCCAGAGGGCAACAGUGCUAUGGCAGAAAUAGCCUCUGUUUCUGCUCUGGUACCUGCCAGCUCCACUCUGUUCACAAGUGAUUUGGGGCCUGACACCCAUAUUCCUGAUCAUGAAGUUCUAGGAGGCACUGCAACCAUGACAAAUGGACCCCUGAUACCCGUGUCCCUUGUCAGUGCCCCAGGAUUCUCUACCAGAAGCACAGUGACAUUGAAGAAUGUGAGUGGGUCAGACCUGGAAAAAGAAUCAGCAGAUUUCACCAGCACUCCUAUGACUGGAUCUACUGUGAGAGAUUCCAUUCCAGACACUACAACAGAAAUAGUUGUCAUGGAGACAACUCCAGGUAGUGAGGUUGCUGUAGUGCCUGUCACACAUAUCCCAGUCCAUGAAGCACUAGGAGAAAAGGAAGUACUGACCAGGGGCCCUCUGGAACCUGAAUCUACUGUAGACCCUAUGGAUGCUGAAACAGAGACAUUCACCGUGGAGACUAUGCCAGCUACAACAACUACUCAGGCUUCCCUUCUCACUGUGGCCACUGUGACAGGUGACCUCAGCCCUGAAACACACAGGACAACCAUGCACUCUCCCACCGAAGCCUCAACUCCAUCUGAGACAUCUCUUGGAGUGACCAUGGAGGCGGGAAGCCCCACAGUUUCCAUGACUCUGGCAGAACCGACAGCCAGCACAGUCUCUGAUGGUCCCUUAAAGGUCAACCCAACUGAGAAGAUUUCUUCUACAUCCCUUUCGGACACACUUGUAUCAGAAAAAUCUCCUAGAGAGAGUGACAGUACCACUCUGACUCCAUGGCCCACUCCAGUUGACUCCAUCCAUAUCACUACCUCAGCCCCAAGAAUGGAAAUCAGCUCCAUUUUGCCUCCAUCUUCAAUUCCUGCAGCCACCAGUGAUAAAGAAACCACGCCAAACCCAGAUUUGCCCAUGAAGGAAACCCCCCCAGAGCAGCAGGAUGUUCAGACUGUAACGGAGCCAGGGUCAGCUGCCCUGUCCUCCACUGUUUCCAGCAUCGUUCCAACAUCUGUUGGAGGGGACACAAGCAUUUUCUUGGUGUCUACAGAAGGUCCAAGAGAGGAUAAAACAGUUUCUAGCACUUUGCCAGACACUCCUGGAAUCACUCAGACAGAGCAGAUUCAUUCUACAAGCCCAGGAGAGCCUGACAGAAGCUUCACCUCUUCUCAGGCCCAUCUAAGUGAAGGAGGCAGCUAUGCUAGGACUGUCCCCUCACCCUUUGUGGAAGGCAUGACAAGCCCGGCUGAACCUCCUACCCUGGAGUCCACAGAGCCCACAUUUCCUGAGGAGGGCACUCCCUCUGUUGCACCAGUGACUGAAUUCAGCACCAUGGACAGUGGAAAGUUACAGAGUAGUUUGGACUCCACCAGCACCCCAGUGAGGGAGACCAGCAGACCAGGCAGCACUGCAGCCUCAGAUACCAGCACACUCAGCCCAGGGAAGUUUCAUCCUGCUGAGAGUACAGCUAACCUCAUGCCAAGUCCUGUGGGAGGGUCUAGCCCAGAACCAGCUGUCUACACCACUCCAUCCCAUACCCCAGAUAUUGCUACAGAGACCAAGCUUAGAGGAGAGACAGACUUGUCCUCAAUAUUAACCACACCAGCACCUGUGGUCUCCAUCACCACUAUCUCAGAGGCUCUGCCUGGAAUAAGAACAAGGGUUCCCUGGUCCUUGACCUCGGCUGAAACCACAGAUAUCACCAUGAUUGGUAAAGAUACUAUGUCUACUUUGCCACAGACCUUUUCUCCUCCAUCCCCAGUCAUUUUAUCUGAGGGCACUUACAAGGCUGAGGACAUGAGCUCCAAUGUUCCCAGGACUGAAAGCAUAAGGGUCACAGAUAUGACUUCUCGUUAUCCUAAAGAUACUACCAACCAAGAAUUUCUGGGGACAGUGGAGGAGAGUAGCACAAGUGUUUCCCUGAUCACUCCUUCACUUGGACCUCCUGUGUCCUCAGCCUCUAUUAUGGGAGAAAUACCAAAUAUGUCAGGUACCACUACUGACUCAAUGCAAGUGACUACCACACAUGGAAUCCCAAAUAGAGACUCAGAGAGGACCUCGGGUCUCCCAUUGGCCACAGAGGGCACAGACAAUACUUCCACAGCCAAGAUGACUGGCAACAUCUCUAUGGUCCCUACAGAGCACAGUACAGAAACUCAAAUGAGUUCAGCCCUGCUUCCUACCACCAAUACCAGUUCUGUGGCUCUCUCUGGACCAAGAACAGUUUCCCCCUCAUCUACCACAGCUGAAACGAGGACUCUCACCAUCACUGGAACAGGUAGCAUCUCUUCUUCAAUUCCUAUAACCUCACCUGGAGUUACUCCCUUCACUGAGAACAUGAGCUCAGCUGCCUCCAGGACUGAUGCCACAAGUCUCAUCUUUAGCACUAAAAUCACAGACAUCGUCCCUUUCUCCCCUAUGGUCACUUUCAGACCUGAACUCCCAAGUACGGUACCAGAGAAAAGUACAAAGUCCCCACUGACCACAAUUUCUAUUAAAGUUCCAGUGUCCUCAGAUACUAAUCCCGUAGGCUCAUUGAUCACCUCUGUUGGCUCAAUUCCCUUGGAGACUACUCAUGGUGUUCCACAUGCAGACUUAGAGAAGACCUCUGAGCUUCCUCUGACUUCCUUAACCAGAGAGACUACAGAAAGUACUAUUACAGGCAGAGCGAUAGAAGGCAUCACCUCAGCUUCUCCAGAGUUCAACACAGGAGCUGAAAUGAGCUCAGCCAUUCCUUCUACCACAAGUCCAGCAGAGACUACAAAAAUUUCUGAGGCCAUGACUCCCAGAGAUAUAAGCCCUUCCUCCAUGUCACCAGGGAUGGCUACAGUGACUCCUGUCCAUAUUGGAUCAGAUUCAAGUCCGGCUGCCGUGACCCAGGCUAAGCUACCCAAAACUCAAAGUCCAUUAAUCCUUACCAAAGUCCCACAGGAGAGUGAUACAGAAUUCCCUUGGUCUUCUACUGCAACUGAGGCCACAAAAUCAGUGAUCAUAACAGAUUCCACUCCAGUCUCAGAGUUGGAGGAGAGCCAGGCUUCCAAAGGCACCAUCCCAGGAACAGAGGCCAGCAGAAACUAUCCCACUUUGUUAUCUCCUUCAGAAAGCCCCAUGACACAUGAUGCUAGUCCUGAGAGGGUAACAAGCACUGAUCAAGCACCGUCCACUUUGCCAGCUGAGGAAUUACCUGAAACAGGCACCAGCUCAGCUACUUUUGUUUCUAAAAUGCUUUCUGAUGUCACUUCUUCAGAACCAUGGACAAGCACCGAAGGGUUUGAAAGUCAAAGCAUGUCUAUCCUGGAGACCACAACUGUUCUAGCAAUUAGUAGAGACCCUGCUAUGACUUUUAUCUCCCCACUGUCAAAGACCACAACUCCUGUCAGCGUGCAUAUGGAAACUGGGUCUAAUUUACCACCUUGGGCAGCCAGCCCUUCCUCAAAAGUAGAAACAACUUCCAGUCUGGUUGAUAUCACGGUGGAGGAAUCCUCCCAAGGAAGAGGAACUCACAGUCCCAUCCAUGAAUCUCCAAGUUCAAGUCCGGGCCCUUCUUCUGCCUUAACUACUCCUGAGACUUGGACAAUAACAGGUGCCCCUGAAAAGACUUCCCCAUUGGAGGACUCAGGGUCAGCUGGCCUUACUACAGAGUCUGUGAGGAGCUCAGGGGAGACACCAACUCUAGAUGUCAGCCUGCCUCCAUCUAGAACACAGGAAGUCUCCAUAGCAUCUCCAAGCCCAACCCCCAUGGCCACAGAAAAUAGCAGUUCCAGAGCAGAGACAGCCUCUGUUUCUGCUCAAGUACCUUCCACUUCCACCCUGUUCACAAGUGGUGAUGCUGGUGUUGUGCCGGUCACACAUGCCUCAGGCCAUGGAGUACCAGGAAGCAUAGCAGCACUCACCAGAGGUCCCCUGAUACCUAGGUCCACUCUUAUUCCCACAGGUGGUGAGGUUAGUGUGGCAGCAGCUACACGCAUCCCAGGCCAAGGAGCUGCAAGAGGCACUGCAGCACUGACAAGUGCCUCCCCAGGGACUUUGUCUACAAGCAGUCCCACAAGUAUAUCCCAACCAAGUACUUUGGUCACAGGAUUCUCUGCUAGGAGCACAGUGGCAGGAAGGACCACGGCUCUAGCUAACAUGACAGGGGAAUCAUCAGAGCCCACCAGCACUCCCAUGACUGGCUCCCCUGUGAGAGAUUCCGUUUCAGGCACUGCAUCAGAGAUACUCACCAUGGAGACAACUUCAGCUACAGAAAUGCAUGUGAACCAAACCACCCCGGAGAAGCGGGAUGCUCAGACAGGAACAGAGCCAGGCUCAGCUGCUCGACCCUCCCCUGCUCCCAGUAUCAUUCCAACAUCUCCUGGAGGGGACCCUAGUGCUUUCUUGGUGUCUACAGAAGGAGCAACAGAAGGUCAAACUGUGUCCGGCGCCUUCCCAGAGAACACAGAUGCCCCCGGGAGCAUCCACAGAGAACACAUGCAUUCCUCAAGCCCAGGAGUAACUCUGUGGCCUGAUAGAGCCGCCACCGUUUCUCUGCCCAGUCUAACUGAAGGAAGCAGUUACUCCAGAACUGUCCCCUCAUCCUAUUUGGGGAGCAUGACAAGCAUGGCCAUAUCUGGAGCCCAGACAAACCCAGAUAAUUCUCCUACCCCAGGGCCUACAGGGCCCACACCACCUGAGGAGGGCACUCUCUCUGUUGGAGGUGCCUCUGUGGUAUCAGUGCCUGAAUUCAACACCACAGACAGUGGAAACUUAGAGAGUAGUGUGGCUUCUACCAGCACCCCAGUGCGGGAGACCAGCAGACCAGACAGCACUGGAGCCUCAGACACCAGCACACUCAGCCCAGGGAAAUUUCAUCCUGCUGAGAGUACAGCUAACCUCAUGUCAAGUCCUGUGGGAGGGUCUAGCCCAGAACCGGUUGUCUAUACCACUACACCCCACACCCCAGGUACUUCAGAGACCAGGCCUGAAGAAACAGUUUCAUCCUUGGUGAUGUCCACACCAGCACCUGCUGCUUCUCUCACCAGCAUCUCUGGGAUUCUGACUAGAGCAAGCACAGGCACCCCACAGCCCUCGACCUCCAUAGAAGCCACAGCUCUCAUUAUCACUGGUGCAGAUACCAUUCCUGUACAGCCAAAGACAAGCUCUCCUUCACCUUCUGCAACCAUAUUAGGGGCUGAGGACAAGAGCUCAGAUGCUCCCGGGACUGAAGUCAUGACUCCUGUCCCCGGCAGCAAGGUCACAGAAGUAGUCCCUCUUUCCUCUGUCAGCUUUCUCAUUCCUGAGUUCCCAAGUAGAGUGGCAGAGAGCAGCAGUGAUGUCCCACUGGCAGCCACUUUACCUCCAUCUUCCAUAUCCUCAGCUACCACUGUUGACAGUGUACAAAGCAAAUUGAGUGCCCCUACUGAUUCAAUUCACUUGGGGGCCAUGACUCAUGGAGUCCCACAAAAAGACUUAGAAAUGACUCCAGGUCUCUCACUGGCUACUCUAGCUACAGAGGACACGGUUAGUUCUAUCACAACCAAGACAACCAAAUACAGCUCUAUGACUCAUCCAGGGCUUAGCAUGGGAGCUGAAGUAAGCUCAGUCCAUCCUGCUAGUACCAGCACAGGAGAAAUGCAAGCAAGUUCUAAGACACUGAGUUCCAGAGAGACCAGCUCAAGGGGAUCAUUGGUGACCACAGUGACCCAUCCUGAUGUUGGAUCAGGUUCAGGCCUGUCUACUGUGACCAAAGCUGAACUAUCCGAGACUCAAAGUCCAUUAACCAUCACCAAAGUUCCACAGGAGAGUGACACGGGCUCCCCAUUGUCUCCUACUACAAGUGAGGUCUCUGGAGCAGGCACCAUAACAGCUUCUAUUCCGAACCUGGGAAGAGAAGAUACCCAGGCUUCCAUGGACACCACCUUAGGCACAGAAGCCAGCAGGACUUUCCUCACCUCGUCCCCCUCCUCAGAAAGCCCUAGGACACAUAUCACUAGUCCUAAGAGGGCAACAAGCAGUGACGAAGCACUAUCCACUCUGUCAACUGAGAAAUCACUGGGAGGCUCCGAUGCCUCUGUUCCCACAAAGCUACCUGAAGUCACUGUAUCAGCACCAGAGAUAGGCACCCAAAGGUCUUCUGAGAGUUUAAGUACAUCCACUCUGGAAGCCAGCACUGCCCCAGUAGUCCAGACCAGCUCUGGUGUGACUUUGAUUGUCCCAUUAUCAAAGAUCACUACUUCCAAAAUAGAUACGGAAAGGGCGUCAAAGUCAAAGUCAGUUUCCUGGGCAGUCAGUCCCUCAGCACAGGUCGCAACAAGUUCCCCCAGUAUGGCUGACACUACCUUGGGGGGAUCCUCCUUGAUUCCAUCCACAAGAGAAUGGACCUACAGUCAAGCCCCUGAGUCUCCAAGUCAAAGCUCAAACCUGUCUCCUGUUUUCACCAUUCCAACAAUCCCCUCUAGUUCUACUCCCUCUUCAGAGGUCUCAAGGACAACUAGCUUAAAGACUGUACCUAAGAAGAUCUCUAUGGAAACACCAACUUUAGAUGUCAGCUCACCUCCAGCCAGAACAGAGGUAGUCUGGACAUCAACAUCUCCCACCCAAGCGUCCACAGCCUCUGAGGGCAGCAGUGCCAGGGCAGGGACAGCGUCUGUGUCUGCCCCUGUACCAGCUAGCUCCACCUUGUUCACAAAUAGUGAUGAUGGUGUGAUUCCCAUUUCCUAUGUUCCAAACCAUGAAGCACCAGGAGACAGUGAAAUACUGACUGUGUCCGCUGUUAGCUCCCCAGUUACAGGGUCCAGUGAAGAAAGCAAAGGAAAAAUAAUGACAACAGCUGGUCAGUCAGGGACCAUGAUUGCUACCACUUUUAGUCCUGCAGUAGGAACACAUUCGGUUUUGGAAACAACAACCCAAACCACUGCCCAUGGUAGUGUGGACUUGAUAAAAGCUACUCCACCUGCUUCUUCUGGCUUACCAGAAACCAUGGUAGCAUCAACUUCUUGGCCUGGUGUGGCGAUAAGUGCAUCUGAAACUAUCAUUACGGAGGCCUCCACCCCACCUGGGACCACGACAGAAGAAGGGAGCCCCAUAACUGUCUCUUCAUCCACAGCACUAACCAAGCCUUUCACCUGGAGCAAUAUGCCACCAGCAUGGUCCACAAGCUCUUUGGACACAACUCCUUCCGGCCGCAGUAGGGAAGAGACAAGCUCAACUGCCUCAUUGGAGACGCUGGCUUCAGAGACCAUAGCCUUGGUAACUACAAGGAAAGAGGCUGCCCUGAUUGAGUCCACAGCCGCAAUGGACAUCAGUAGAGGAUCCGAGACUGUAGUUCUGUCCACAAGGGAAUUGCCAACCAGCUCAAUUCCCUCUCUCAUCACCACUCCCGAGAUGUCAACCUGGACCACCAUGGCCAUAAUCCCUGAAACUGUGACUGCAAAAAGACUGGAGUCUUUCACCCUCAACUUCACCAUUACCAAUCUGUUCUACACAGCAGACAUGGGAUAUCCAGGCUCCAGCAAGUUUAAUGCUACAGAGAAAGUCCUGCAGCAACUGCUUGAUUCCUUGUUCAGGAAUGGCAGCCUUGGGUCAUUCUAUUCUGGGUGCGGCCUGAUUAUGAUGAGGCCUAUGAAUGAUGGAGCAGCAACUGGAAUGAAUUUUGUGUGUGCUCGAUGGCAAGAUCCCAACAACUCUACCUUUGACCGAAAGAAACUUUACUGGGAGCUGAGCAACCAGACCCAUGGAGUCACCAGACUGGGCCCCUACUUCCUUGAUAAGGACAGUCUCUACCUCAAUGGUUACAAUGCUCGGAUAUCAGUCUCUGCCACAAGCAUUCCCACAUUUUCUCUAAUACCAUCUCUGACUGCAACACCUUCCCCUGGCACCACAGCUCCUGGGAAACCCAGCCUAGAACCCUUUACCAUGAACUUCACCAUAACCAACCUGCUGUAUACAGAAGACAUGGGACAUCCAGACUCUGAGAAAUUCAAUUCCAUGGAGAAAGUCCUACAGCGCCUACUCAGAGCCUUAUUCAAGAACAGCAGCCUUGCCUCUAGCUAUUCUGGAUGCAAGUUGACCUCACUGAGACCCGUGAAAGAUGGAGAGGCCACUGGAGUGGAUGCUGUGUGUAUCCAUCGUGAAAGCCCCACCAACCCUGUGCUGGACAGAGAGAAGAUUUACUGGGAACUGAGCAAACAGACCCAUGGCAUCACCAGGCUGGGUCCUUAUACCCUGGACAAGGACAGCCUCUUCCUCAAUGGUUAUAAUAAUAAACAGACUCCAACCACAAGCAUUCCUUCAAUAACCACAUUCUCCCCAGUCACAUCUCUUGCUCCAUCAUCAUUCUCCAAACCCACAGAUGGAACCCUCCUGGAGCUGUUUACCUUGAACUUCACCAUCACUAACUUGUUCUACACGGAAGAUAUGGAACAGAAGGGCUCCAGCAAAUUCAACUUUACCGAGAGGAUCCUGCAGCGCCUGCUCGGCCUUGUGUUUAAGAAGACUAGCCUUGGCUUGGGCUAUUCCGGAUGCAAGCUGACCUUGCUGGGGCCUGUGAAGAACAGGACAGCAACUAGAGUGGAUGCCAUUUGUGGGUAUCAGAGAGACCCUGCCAGUCCUGGGCUAGAUAGAGAAAAGGUUUACUGGGAGCUGAACAAUCAGACCCAGGGAAUCACCAAGCUGGGACCUUACAUCUUGGACAAGGACAGUCUCUAUCUCAAUGGUUAUAACCAUCAGACAGACCCCCUCUCUUCUACAAUCUCUCCUGUGAUAAAAACCAUCACUUCAACUCCCUCUUUGACUUUAUCAUCAUUACCCAUCACCAGCACAGCCACAGGGAUCUCCCCUCUGAAGAUUUUCACACUCAACUUCACCAUCACCAACCUGUUCUAUACAGAAGACAUGAGUCAAAGGGACUCCAGCAAAUUCAACUCCACUGAGAAUGUCCUGCAGCACCUGCUCAAUUCCCGGUUUAAAAAGAGCAGCCUUGGCUCUCGCUAUUCUGGAUGCAGUCUGGCCUUGCUGAGAUCUAUGAAGAACAGGACAGAAACAGGAGUGGAUAUCGUUUGUGCUUAUAUGGAAGACCCUUUCACCCCCGUCCUGGACAGAGAGAAGGUUUACUGGGAGCUGAGCAAUCAGACCCAUGGCAUCACCAAGCUGGGUCCCUAUACUCUGGACAAGGACAGUCUCUACCUUGAUGGUUAUAACCACCAGAUUCCAGUCGCCUCAACAAGCACUGCUUCAAUAACUAUACUCUCUCAGACCAUGCCUCCUGCUCAAUCAUCAUUGUCCUCUGGCAGCACAGCUGUGGGGUCUAUCCUGGAAGCUUUCACCAUGAACUUCACCAUCACCAACCUGCUCUACACAGAAGCCAUGGGGAAAAUAAAUUCCAGCAAAUUCAACUCCACUGAGCGUAUUCUGCAGCACCUGCUCAACCCCUUUUUUGAGAAUAGCAGCCUUGGAUCCAGUUAUUCCGGAUGCAAGCUGACUUUGUUGAGAUCUAUGAAAAAUCAGACAGCAACUAGAGCAGAUAUCAUCUGCCUGUAUCAGAGGGGUCCCACUGGUCCCUUCCUGGAUAGAGAGAGGGUUUAUUGGGAACUGAGCAACCAGACAGGGGGCAUCAGCAGGCUGGGCCCCUACACUCUGGACAAGGACAGCCUCUACCUUAAUGGUUACAAUCAUCAGUUCUCCAGCCCAGCAACAACCACUCCUAUCCUGUCCACAUUCACUGCAAGAGUUUCUUCUACUCCAUCACUAUUAGCCAGUUCCUCAGCAGGCAGCCUUAUUCUGGACUCUUUCACUGUGAACUUCACCAUCACCAACCUGCUUUGUACAACAGACAUGGGACAGCCAGGAUCCAACACGUUCAAUGCCACUGAAAAAGUCCUACAGCGCUUGCUCAGUCCCUUGUUUGAAAGCAGUAGUAUUGGCUCUCACUAUUCUGGAUGUAGGUUGACCAUGCUGAGGCCUGUGAAGAAUGGUACAGCAACUGCAGUAGAUGUUCUUUGUACCCAUUGGAAAUCCCCCAGCAUCCCUAGCCUGGACAGAAAGAAGAUUUACUGGGAGCUGAGCAAUCAGACCCAUGGCAUUACCAGGCUGGGUCCCUAUACCCUGGAUGAGAAGAGCCUCUACAUCAAUGGUUACAACUAUCAGAUGACCCUCUCUUCCUCCACAAGCACUCCAGAAAUAACAACCAUUACUACAGCUCCACCACCAAUUUCCACAGUGGGGGGCUUCAGCCUUGAGUCUUUCACCCUGAACUUCACCAUCACCAACCUGAGGUACACAGCAGACAUGGGCCAAAGGGGCUCCAGCAAAUUCAACUUCACUGAGAAUAUCCUGCAGCAUCUGCUCAGUUCCUUGUUUGAAAAGACCAGCCUUGGCUCUCAGUAUUCUGGAUGCAGACUGACCUUGCUGAGAUCUUUGAAGGAGGGAACAGAAACUGGAGUUAAUUUCGUUUGUGCUCGUCGGACAGAUUCAGACAGCCCUGUCUUAGACAGAGAGAAGGUUUACUGGGAGUUGAGCAACCACACCUGGAAUAUCACAAGACUGGGGCCCUACAUCCUGGAUAAGGAAAGUCUUUACCUCAAUGGUUAUAAUCAUCUGUCCUUGGCCCCCACAAAAAUUCCCAUAGAACCCAGCCUGAAGCCUUUCACACUGAACUUCACCAUCACCAACCUCCGCUAUUCAGCAGACAUGGGACACCAGAACUCAGUCAAAUUCAACAUUACAGACACCGUCAUGCAGCAUCUGCUUGGCCCCUUGUUCAAAAACAGCAGCAUUGGUUCCCUGUACUCAGGAUGCAAGGUGACUGAACUGAGGUCUGUAAAGAAAGGAUCACAGACAGGGGUGGAUGCUGUCUGCACCUAUCGCCAGUUUCCCAGCAGCACUGGUUUGGACGCCAAGCAGGUUUUCCAUGAGCUGAGCGACCAAACUCGUGGCAUCCGGAAAUUGGGCCCCUACUCUCUGGACAAGGACAGCCUCUAUCUCAAUGGUUAUAAUGAACGUGGUCCAGUCUUACCCAGUCCAGUCUUAUCUAGUGUUGCUCCAGGUUCAACCACAACAGUAGUAGCUGGGUUUCCCCUGGGAUCCACAGGACUUGGAGGCUCCACAGCUUCUUUACUAAGCACAUCCCCUCCAGCCACAUCCCCAGCUCCAUCACCUUUCUCAAGCACCACAGCUGCCAGCCUAAGCUUACAGUCUUUCACACUAAACUUCACCAUCACCAACCUGCUCUACACAGAAGACAUGCACCUUCCUGGAUCCAGCAAAUUCAACUCAACUGAAAGAAUCCUGAAGCACCUGCUGGACACCUUGUUCAGGAAUAGCAGCAUUGGUCCUUUCUACUCUGGAUGCCACCUGACUUCCUUGAGACCUAUGAAGAAUGGCUCAGCGACUGGAGUAGAUGUACUAUGCACCUAUCGGAGAGAUCCCACCAGACCCAUCUUGGACAGAGAGCAAGUUUAUCGAGAGAUGAUCAAUCAGACCUUUGGCAUUAGCAGGCUGGGACCUUACUCACUUGAUAAGGAUAGUCUCUACCUUGAUGGUUAUAAUGAACACAGUGCUGUGCAGUAUACUACUACUUUGGGGCCAGACACUGUAUCCACAACUGAAAUUCCCCUAAGGCCCACUGAGCUUGAUAGUACCACAGCCCCUGUGACAACCUCAUUUGCUUCAGCAACAUCUCUGGCUCCAUCACCAUUCUCCAAUGUCACAGCCACCAGCCUCAGUCUAGAGACUUUCACCCUGAACUUUACAAUCAUAAACCUACCUUAUACAACAGAAAUGGCACAUCCAGGCUCCAGCAAAUUCAAUUCCACAGAGAGAAUCCUACAACGCCUGCUUGGUCCAUUGUUCAGGGGAAGCAGCAUUGGUUCCUUCUACUCUGGAUGUAAAGUUACUUGCCUGAGACCAAUGUUGAGUGGUUCAGCAACUGGAGUGGAUGCCCUUUGCACACAGCGAAGAGAUCCAACAAGCCCCUUCCUGGACAGAGAGAGGGUUUACUGGGAGCUGAGUAACCAGACAAACAACAUCACCCAGCUGGGUCCCUACUCCCUUGAUAGGGACAGUCUCUAUGUCAAUGGUUAUAAUGGACAUAGAUCAGUCCAAUAUUCUUCCACUCAACAGCCAACAAGUAUAUCAGCACCUGUGACUACCCUGUGGUCCGCAGGGCCUAGAACCUCAACAACUUCUGUGACAACCGUUUUUUCUCCAGACACUUCUCUAGCUCCAUCGCCAUUCUCCAGCACCACAGCUGGUGGCCACAGCCUGGAACUUUUCACCUUGAAUUUUACCAUCACCAACCUAUUCUACACAGAAGACAUGGGGCACCCUGGCUCUGGCAUUUUCAAUUCCACCGAGAGAGUGCUGCAGCGCCUGCUCAGCCCCUUGUUCAAGCAAAGUAGCAUUGGUUCCUCCUAUGCUGGAUGCAAAGUGAUUGCCCUGAGAUCUAUGAAGGAUGGCUUAGCAACUGGAGUGGAUGCUGUGUGCACCCAUCGAGGAGGGCCAACCAGUCCCUAUCUAGACAGAGAAAGGGUUUAUUGGGAACUGAGCAAUGAAACCCACGGCAUCACCAGAUUGGGCCCCUACACUCUGGACAAGAAUAGUUUCUACCUUAAUGGUUAUAAUGAACACCAUCCUAUCCAACCUACAACAACUUUUGGUCCAUUCAUUGCAUCAUCAUUUACAACUCCCUUGAUGUCCUCGGGGCCUGGAACCUCCACAGUUCCUGUGAGAACCUCUUUCCCUCCAGAUACAUUUGCAACUCCAUCACCAUUCUCCAGCACCUCAGCUGAUAACCACACCUUGGAUCCUUUCACACUAAACUUCACUAUCCUCAACCUGCUCUACACAGAAGACAUGGGGCGCCCUGGCUCUGUCAUUUUUGGCUCCUUGGAAAGAAUCUUGCAACAGCUGCUCAAUCCCUUAUUCGUGAAAAGCAGUAUUGGUUCCUUCUAUUCUGGAUGCAGGCUAACGUCACUGAGACCAAUGAAGGACGGCUUAGCAACCAGAGUAGAUAUCAUAUGUACUCGUUGGCAAGAUCUUGCCAGACCUUUCCUGGACAGAGAAAAGGUUUACUGGGAGCUGAGCAACCAGACCUAUGGAAUCACCAGGCUUGGUCCCUACAUCCUGGACAAGGACACCCUUUAUCUCAAUGGUUAUAAUGAGUACAGUCCAGUCCAACCCAUGAUGACUUCUGGGCCAGCCACUGGAUCAACCUUCACCUAUUCCCUGCUAUCUACAGAGCCUGAAGUCUACACAGCUCCUGUAUCCACCACUUUUGCUACAAUAACACCUUCUGGUCCAUCACCAUUCUUUACCACCACAGUCAGCAGCACUUCUAGCUUGGAAUCUUUCAUUCUGAACUUCACCAUCACCAACUUACUCUACACAGAAGAUAUGGGGAAUCCAGGCUCUGACAAAUUCAACUCUACAGAAAGGGUCCUUCAGCGUCGGAUUGGUCUUUUGUUCAGGAAAAGUAGCAUUGCCCCCUUCUACUCUGGAUGCAAGGUGAUUUCUCUGAGACCUAUGAAGAAUGGCUCUGCAACAGGAGUGGAUGCCCUGUGUUCCCGUCACAUUGACCCUGCCAACCCUGUACUGGACAGAGAGAGGAUUUACCAGGAGCUGAGCAGGGAGACACAUGGCAUCUCCAGGCUGGGCCCCUAUACCCUGGACAAGGAUAGUCUUUAUCUUGAUGGUUAUAAUGAGCACAGAGUGGCCAAAACUACUUCCAAUUCUCCAGUAACCACAUUCAUUCCAGCAACAUCUCUGGCUCCCUCACCAUUCUCCAGCUCCACAGCCAGUGGCCACAGCCUAGAGGCAUUCACCUUGAACUUCACCAUCACUAAUCUGCUCUACUCUGCAGAGAUGGAGCACCCAGGCUCCAGCAAAUUCAAUUCUACUGAGAGGAUCCUGCAACGUCUGCUUGGCCCCUUAUUCCGGAACAGCAGCAUUGGCUCCUCCUACUCUGGAUGCAAGCUGAUGUCCCUGAGACCUAUGAAAGAUGGAUUAGCAACUGGAGUGGAUGCCUUGUGCACCUAUAGGAGAGAUCCCAACAGCCCUGCCCUAGACAGAGAGAGGGUGUACUGGGAGCUGAGUAACCAAACAUAUGGCAUCUCCAUGCUGGGCCCCUAUUCCCUUGCUAAGGACAGUCUUUAUCUUAAUGGUUAUAAUGAACACAUUCCAGUUCAACCUUCAACUACUUUAGGAGCAGGGACUGCAUCCUGGUCUACAACUUCUCUGGGGCCUACAAAACCGGGAGGCUCCACAGCUCCUGUGCCAAGUGCAUUCACUCCAGAAACAUCUCUGGUUCCUUCACUGAUUUCCAUCACCACAGCCACAGGUCACAGCCUAGAAGCUUUCACACUGAACUUCACCAUCACCAACCUGCUCUAUACAGCAGACAUGGGAAACACUGGGUCCAGUAAAUUCAACACCACAGAGAAAAUCCUGCAGCACCUGCUUGACCCUCUGUUCAGGAAUACCAGCAUUGGCUCCCUCUAUUCUGGAUGCAGAGUGAUAUCUCUGAGUUCUAGGAAAGAAGGGUCAGCAACAGGAGUGGAUGCUGUGUGCCUCCACUGGAGAGAACCCAGCAUCCCCUUUCUGGACAGAGAGAGGGUUUAUUGGGAGCUCAGCACCCUGACAAAUGGAAUCACCAGGCUUGGACCCUACACCUUGGAUAAGAAUGGUCUCUACCUCAAUGGUUAUAAUGAGCAUGAUUCAGCCCUGCCUGCUACCACUUCUGGGCUAGGCAGUGCAUCAACACCAGCAACUCCCCUUGACUUCACAGGGAGAGGAACCAACACAGCUCCUGUGAAGACUACAUAUGUCCCACCAACCUCUUUGGCUCCACAAUCUUUUCCUAGCACCACAGCUGGUGGUCAAAGAAUGGAAUCUUUUACACUGAACUUCAUCAUCACCAACCUACUCUACACAGAAGACAUGGUGCGGCCUGGAUCCACCAAAUUCAACAGCACAGAGAGAAUCUUACAGCGCUUGCUCAGUCCAUUGUUCAAGAGAACCAGCAUUGGCAACUUCUACACUGGGUGUAAAUUGGCUUCUCUAAGAUCAGAGAAGGAGGGAUUAGCAACAGGAGUAGAUGUAGUGUGCACUCAAUGGAGAGACCCCACUAAAUUCAUUCUGGACAGAGAGAAAGUCUACUGGGAACUGAGUAACCAGACACAUGGUUUCAGCAGGCUGGGCCCCUACACCCUGGAUAAAAACAGUUUCUACCUUAAUGGUUACAAUGGACGAAAUCUGCCCCAACCGGGUACCACUCCUGGCCUUGCCACUAUAUCACCACCUGCAAUCCCUCUGGGACCUACAGGGUCUGGACACUGGACAGCCAGUGACCCCCGACUGCAACCUUUCACCCUGAACUUCACCAUCACUAAUCUGCCCUACACUGCAGAUAUGGGACACCCAGGCUCUACCAAAUUUAAUAACAUAGAAGGGGCCCUCCAGCGACUGCUGGGACCUUUGUUCAGAAAUAGCAGCAUUGGCUUGUACUACUCUGGCUGUGGACUGAUCUCUCUGAGACCUAUGAUGGAUGGGUCAGCAACCAGAGUGGAUGCUAUAUGUGUGCAGCAGAGAGGGCCCACCAGUCCAGUCUUCGACAGAGAGAGGGUUUACCAGGAACUGAGCAAUCAGACGCAUGGCCUUACUAAGCUAGGGCCUUAUACUUUGGACAAAGACAGUCUCUGCCUCAAUGGCUAUUCAUCCCAGAGUACCCCCGGACAAGGGGAAUACCAGCUUGAUUUCAGGAUCAUCAACCACAACCUUACCAACUCUGACCCCACAUCCCCAGAGUACCAAGCACUGCAGAGAGACAUCCAGGACAAGAUGACACAGCUUUACUCAAGCAGCCAGCUCCAGGACAGAUUCCGCUACUGCCUCAUCACAGGCCUCAGGGUAGGCUCUGUGUUGGUCACCUGCACCUGCAGCUUCUCCUCCAACCUGGAUCCUGACACCAUCGGACAAGUGUUUCUGGACAGGACCCGGAAUGCCACAGCGCACUGUCUAGGGGACUCCUAUGAGCUGGAUAACCUCCAAGUGACAAAACUGGAACUAGCCUUCCCAUUGUCGACAGCUAAGCCAUUGGCUGAUCUCAGACCCCAACACUUCAGGCUGAACUUCACCAUCACCAGCUUGUUCUAUUCCCAGAACUUGACACAUCCUGACUCAGUCGAAUAUCAGGAAAACAAAAAUGGCAUUGAGGAUGCGCUAAACCAGCUCUUCAGAAACAGCAGCAUCAAGAGCUACUUUUCUGACUGUCAAGUGCAGACUUUUAGGCUUGUCCCUCCCAGUAGCCACACCGGAGUGGACUCUUUGUGUGACUUCACUUCAGCCACUCGGACCCACAGCUUCGACAGGGCUGCUGUGUACCAAGAAUUCCUCCAGCUGACAAACAAUGGCACCCGGCUACAGAAUUUCACUCUGGAUCGGAACAGUGUCCUGGUGGAUGGGUAUUCUACCAACAUAAUAGAUGGAACAAGUAAGAAAACUGACCUGCCCUACUGGGCCAUCAUCCUCAUCUGCCUGGCUAUGCUUCUGGGGCUCAUUGUUAGCUUGACAUGCUGCUUUGUGGUCACCAUGUGCUUGCGAAAAAAAGAAGGGGAUUACGAGGUCCAAAGGAGAACCAUCAGCUCUUACCUCUCCCACCUGGACCUGAGGAAAAUUCAUUGAUAAUGGACUGUGAUAAAGAUGUAGCAGAGUGAACCCAGGAACCUUGGCCCCUGGCCCUGGCCAUAUUCCUGGAGUGGGCUGGGCUCGGGCUGGAAUAAACACUGGGCCUCGCUCAUUCUGGAUUGGCCAGAA